AUGCUUUUCUGCGUUGCGAUAAAGUACAGAAAUAAUUUGAAGAAGCCAUCUUUCCAGGCAAAAGUUGCAGCCAUACUACCAAUGUACCAGGUCUUCACUGGGGUCAAAGGGCUGGAUAUAUCUCAGUCGGAAUUGAUUGGCCAGCAAAAUGAUAUUCGGGCAAGCGCUGCUUCGUCGACUAGCACAUCAUCUUCGAUAUUUCCUAAUGUUAGCGUUAAAAGGACUCGUACGAAAUCUCCUAUCAUUCGUCGUUCACCGCUCUUCGUUGAAGAGAGUUCACCAACUGAAGCUCUGACUUCUAAAGAUUCUUCGCCUCAUCAUUGCAUAUCCACUUCUCAAAGUAUUGAUGUGGGAGUGCUGUCGCAACCGUUUUGCCAAAUUCAAGCUUAUGACCUUACUGUCCGGCGCACCUCGACUGCAAAUUCUCCGUGCGGUAGAAGUUCUCAUCAUUUUAACCAGAUAUCGCCUUCCAAAUCCAGUUCCGCUCCAAUGCAUAUUGUAAGAACCUUAAAUAUGAAGUUUUUUUUUUGGAACAUGUGCAUUAUUCACUCGUUGGCCCACAUGAGGCGCUUUGCCCAUACUUGCUGCAUUGUGCACUACUUUGUUUUAGGGGAUCAUUAA